UCCGCAAUCAAAUCUUAUUCUCAGAUCAAAUUAUCUUUAUAAUCUUUUCAUUUUUUCUGAAUUCCGCCAACCCACACUAUCGACUGUGUCGAGCUUCAGCGGCAGAAAUCCAUCAUCCAGCAAAACCCUAAUCUGCCCCCGAUUUCUCAGACACAUACGGAAGCCUGCAUGCAUAUAUCGCUUUUCUUCAUUGUUUUCUAAUAGAUUCGUUUUUCCAGAGCUUUUGACAAACGAUGGCGUCAAGAUUUUGGACCCAGGGUGCGAGCGAUUCUGAGGAAGAAAGCAGUGACUUUGAUGAGGUUGAAGAGACGACGGCUGGUGAGGUCGAUCCCGCUGCCAAUAGCAAGUAUUUGACAACUGAGGUGAGUGACAGUGAUGACUCGGAUAGCCAACGGCGGGUUGUCCGGUCGGCAAAGGAUAAGCGAUUCGAGGAGAUGGCUUCUACCGUUGAUCAGAUGAAGAAUGCCAUGAAGAUCAAUGAUUGGGUGAGCUUGCAGGAGAGCUUUGAUAAGAUCAACAAGCAGCUUGAGAAGGUCAUGCGUGUUACCGAGUCUGAGAAGGUCCCCAGUCUCUACAUCAAGGCCCUGGUGAUGUUGGAAGACUUUUUGGCUCAGGCUUUGGCCAAUAAGGAUGCCAAAAAGAAGAUGAGUAGUAGCAAUGCUAAGGCUUUGAACUCGAUGAAGCAGAAGUUGAAGAAGAACAAUAAGCAAUAUGAGGAACUGAUUAACAAAUGCAGGGAGAGCCCUGAGAGUGAGGAGGAGAAAGAAGAGGAGGAAUCCGAGGAUGAGUACGAGAGUGAUGGUGAGAUUAUCGAGCCGGAUCAGCUUAAGGGAAGAGAUGACCUGAAAUCAGAUUCUGAAGUCUCUCACUAUGAAGAUGAAAAGGUCGAUGCUGGUGAGGGACCCUGGGACCAAAAACUUAGCAAGAGAGACAGACUUAUGGAUAGGCAAUUCAUGAAAGACCCUAGUGAGAUCACUUGGGACACCGUCAACAAGAAAUUCAAGGAGAUUGUGGCAGCAAGGGGCAGGAAGGGAACUGGAAGGUUUGAGCAGGUUGAGCAGCUUACUUUCCUUACAAAAGUUGCUAAAACACCUGCACAGAAGUUGGAGAUCCUUUUUAGUGUGGUAUCUGCCCAGUUUGAUGUUAACCCUGGCCUAAGUGGGCACAUGCCCAUUAAUGUUUGGAAAAAAUGUGUGAAUAACUUGCUGGUCAUUCUUGACAUUUUAGUGCAAUACCCUAACAUAGUUGUUGAUGAUGCUGUGGAGCCAGAUGAGAAUGAAACACAGAAGGGCCCUGACCAUAAUGGACCAAUUCGCAUUUGGGGAAACUUGGUCGCCUUCUUGGAAAGAAUAGAUGCCGAGUUUUUCAAGAGUUUGCAGUGCAUAGAUCCACAUACUCGUGAGUAUGUUGAGAGACUCAGGGAUGAGCCAAUGUUUCUUGUUCUUGCUCAGAAUGUCCAGGAAUACCUUGAAAGGGUUGGAGAUUUCAAAGCUGCUUCUAAGGUGGCCUUGAGGAGGGUUGAACUCGUUUACUACAAACCACAGGAGGUUUAUGUUGCAAUGAAAAAAUUGGCGGAGUUGGCUGAAGAUGGGGUUAAUGAAGGGGCUGGUGAGGAGAAAGGGUUUGAGGAUACAAGAAUUCCCACUCCAUUUAUUGCUACUCCUGAGCUUGUGCCCCGCAAACCUACCUUCCCUGAGAACAGCAGGACUCUAAUGGACAUAUUGGUUACCCUGAUAUACAAGUAUGGUGAUGAGCGCACUAAAGCACGGGCAAUGCUUUGUGACAUAUACCACCAUGCUCUUCUUGACGAGUUCUCAAUAUCCCGUGAUCUGCUGCUCAUGAGCCACUUGCAAGACAGCGUUCAGCAUAUGGACAUAUCAACACAGAUACUGUUUAACAGGGCUAUGGCACAGUUGGGUCUAUGUGCUUUUAGGGUUGGGUUGAUUUCCGAAGCACAUGGCUGUUUAUCUGAACUUUAUUCUGGUGGAAGGGUGAAGGAGUUGCUUGCACAAGGUGUGUCACAGAGUCGUUAUCAUGAAAAGACCCCAGAACAGGAAAGGUUGGAAAGAAGGCGUCAGAUGCCAUAUCAUAUGCACAUAAAUCUUGAGCUCCUGGAGGCAGUGCAUCUUACAACCGCUAUGCUUCUUGAAGUUCCCAAUAUAGCAGCCAAUGUUCAUGAUGCAAAGCGCAAAGUCAUUAGUAAGAACUUCCGCCGCUUACUUGAGGUGAGUGACAAGCAAACGUUUACUGGUCCACCUGAAAAGGUCAGAGACCAUGUUAUGGCUGCCACAAGGGCUCUUGCCAAAGGAAACUUCAACAAGGCUUAUGACAUCAUUGUGUCUCUUGACGUUUGGAAGUUUGUUAGAAACAGAGAUACUGUACUUGCAAUGCUGAAAGAUAAGAUCAAGGAGGAGGCAUUGAGGACAUAUCUCUUUACGUUCUCAUCAUCUUAUGAUUCUUUGAGCCUUGAUCAACUCACCAAAAUUUUUGAUCUCUCUGUUGCUCAUACUCAUAGCAUUGUUAGUAGGAUGAUGAUCAAUGAAGAGCUUCAUGCAAGCUGGGACCAGCCAACUGGCUGCAUUGUUUUCCAGGAUGUGGAGCACUCUAGGUUGCAGGCAUUGGCAUUCCAGUUAACAGAGAAGUUAUCCAUCCUUGCCGAGAGUAAUGAAAGAGCAAUGGAGGCAACCAUAGGUGGUGGUGGAUUGGAUCUUCCUAUGAGGCGUAGGGAUGGCCAGGAUUAUGCUGCUGCUGCUGCUGGUGGAACCAACACUGGGAGUGGCAGGUGGCAGGACUUGGGUUCUCAGACAAGACAAGGUGGUGGGCGAUAUGGUAGUGGAGGUGGAAGGCCGUUGGCUUUAGGCCAAGCAGGUGGGGUUGGAUAUUCAAGGGACCGAGCAGGACGUGGAUCUGGUCGGUAUCAAGAUUCUGCGUAUGGAGGUUCAGGCAGGACGCAAGGUGGUAUCUCAUUGAGGGGAUCGCAUGGUGAUGUAUCAUCGCGCAUGGUUAGCCUCAAGGGUGUGCGUGCUUAGCAUGGAUAGAGGCCAACAAAUAAUUUGAAACUAUUUUUUCAGGUUUCUUUUGUUAUGGUUCAAGAAUAUUAUAGAUUUUAAACUAUUUUAUUUAUAUUUUAUUUUGAAUAAAGAUAAAACAACAUAUUCCAAUACGUUUACUAUAU